AUGAAAGCAAAUGUGAAGUCUUGGUUGAGGCAGAUCUCUAGUAUGGAUUAUAGAGAGGUGAGUAUACCUGAUGAGUAUUUGGAUGAAGAAGAGAAGUACAGGAAGUUGAGGGAGGUGUCAAAGAGGUUUAAAGAUAAUUUAGAUUGGCAAAUAUUUUAUGAGCAUGGCGGUAGAGGAUACAAGUCAAUGAUGGAUGCAAUAGAAGUGAUGAAUAACACUGUUAGCUCCAAGAAGUUUGUUAUAAAUAAUAUCUUCCAACAAUUAGCUGUGUGUUCGAGUGAGCUAGGGAAGCUAGAGAUAAAUUCCGAGGUAACUGCGCUGUGUAAGAUAUUGGAAGAUGCUAUGAAUGAGAUGAGCGCUAAGAAGCACGAAAUAAAUGGAAAACUGAGAAACGCGAAGGUGAGUUUAGAGAAGAUAGUGAAUGAUACGAAGGUUAUAGACGACAUGAGGAAUGAAAUGAAAAAUGCUAGGUAUGAUUUGGAGAAGAAGCUACAAGCUGGAGCAAGUAGAGAUGAUCCAAAUAUUAAGCAAGAGGAAGAGAAUUUCAAGACCCUUUUUAGCUCUACCCACGAAUCCAUGAAAGGAUUUUUAUCGGGAAAGGAGCUCAAAGACGUGUUAGAGACCAUCAUCAAUUCACAAAAAGAGUUCUAUAGCAGUGGUGCUAGAUUUUUUAACUAG